AUGUCUUGUAGCCUACUGUCAAGUCCUGCUGCGGCUGCAUCUCUAGCAGCACUUCUAGAUGAUCACAUGACUCUUGAUAUGGACGCGGUCCUGUCAGACUUUGUUCGGUCCACAGGGGCAGAACCGGGUCUGGCCAGAGACUUGCUGGAAGGCAAAAACUGGGAUUUGUCUGCUGCCCUGAAUGAUUAUGAACAGCUUAGACAGGUUCAUACCGCAAACCUUCCUCAGGUGUUCAACGAAGGGAAGUACCCCAAGCAGCAGCAGGAAAGAGAGCCUCCUCAGCAGGUGAACAAGAGCGAGCGGCCGUCUCUUCAAAGACAGGAUGAUAUUUCUCAAGAGAAGAGGCUUUCCAGAGGAAUUUCUCACGCCAGCUCAGCGAUAGUCUCCCUUGCUCGAUCCCACGUGGCCAGUGAAUGCAACAAUGAACACUUCCCGUUGGAGAUGCCCAUCUACACAUUCCAGCUCCCUGAUCUUAGCGUUUACAGUGAGGACUUCAGGAGCUUCAUUGAACGAGAUUUGAUCGAGCAAGCAACCAUGGUCGCUCUGGAACAAGCCGGUCGUCUUAACUGGUGGUCCACAGUAUGUAUCAGUUGUAAACGUCUUCUUCCACUGGCAACCACAGGGGACGGAAAUUGUCUGCUACACGCUGCUUCUCUAGGAAUGUGGGGGUUUCACGACAGGGACCUCGUGCUGCGGAAAGCCCUCUAUACCAUGAUGAGGAGUGGUGCUGAAAGGGAGGCUCUCAAGAGGAGGUGGCGAUGGCAGCAGACGCAGCAGAAUAAGGAGUCGGGGCUCGUUUACACAGAAGAGGAAUGGGAGCGAGAAUGGCACGAACUUCUCAAGCUGGCUUCGAGCGAACCGCGCACACACUUCAGCAAAAACGGAGGCACCGGAGGGGGAGUCGACAACUCAGAAGAUCCGGUGUACGAGAGCCUAGAGGAGUUCCACGUCUUUGUCCUAGCACAUAUAUUAAGACGGCCAAUCGUCGUGGUUGCCGAUACGAUGCUACGGGACUCAGGAGGGGAAGCGUUUGCACCGAUUCCAUUUGGUGGGAUUUACUUGCCUCUGGAAGUUCCGCCAAACCGAUGUCACUGCUCUCCCCUAGUCCUUGCCUACGAUCAAGCGCACUUCUCCGCCCUUGUGUCCAUGGAGCAAAAAGAUCAACAGAGGGAACAAGCGGUGAUCCCUUUGACUGACUCUGAACACAAGUUACUGCCUUUGCACUUUGCGGUUGAUCCCGGGAAAGACUGGGAGUGGGGGAAGGAUGACAAUGAUAACAUCAAGCUGGCCAAUUUGAUUCUCUCUCUGGAGGCAAAGCUUAACCUUCUGCACAGUUACAUGAAUGUAACCUGGAUACGCAUACCUUCGGAAACACGGGCCCCUCUAGCUCAGCCGGAGUCUCCCACAGCGUCAGCUGGAGAAGAUGUUCAGUCUCUGGCUGACUCCAUGGAUUCUGACAGGGAUUCCAUUUGUAGUAAUUCUAACGGCAAUAGCGGCAAAAACGGGAAGGAAAAAGAAAAACAGAGGAAGGACAAAGACAAAAACCGUGCCGAUUCAGUGGCGAACAAACUCGGGAGUCUCAGUAAAACCCUCGGCAUCAAGCUGAAGAAGAACAUGGGGGGGCUGGGGGGACUGGUGCACGGCAAAAUGAGCAGAGCGAAUUCGGGGAACGGGAAAAACGGGGAGAUAGUCGAAAAAGUCAAAGAGAAAAAGUCCAAGUCACGGAAAGGAAGCAAAGAGGAUUCCGGCCAGUCUGCAAGCACUUCCCCCUCCGAAAAGACCACUCCCUCUCCCACCGAGAAGGCGAGCAUCUCGCCUGUGGAAAAAACGAACUCUAAAUCUCCUUCAGAUAAGCAAUCGGACCCCUGGAAGUACAGCACUGAUGUGAAGCUGAGCCUCAACAUUUUGCGAGCGGCCAUGCAAGGGGAGCGCAAGUUCAUUUUCGCUGGCCUCCUUCUGACCAGCCAUAGACAUCAGUUCCACGAGGAGAUGAUUGGCUACUACUUGACCAGUGCUCAAGAGCGCUUCAGUGCUGAACAGGAACAGAAGAGGAAAGAGGCGGAGAAGAAGGCUGCUCUCAACGGGUUGUCUUGUCGGAAGCUGGAGCAAGAAGCCUACUCAAAAGAGAAGCUGGAUUCAUCUCCUCAGGGAAGGGCGUCACCCGUCCUGCCUCAAAGCCAUACAACGCAACUGGUCUUAAAGUUUAAAGACCGCACUAGUCCCACGCCGGUGUCGUUUUCUUCGCCUAGCAAUGGUGCAAAGAAAAGCGGACCCAUUCCCGUAUCUGCCCACUAUAGCCAUACGCCUCCCGUUCAAAGGCAAAGUGUCAUCCAUUUGCAUGAUGUCAACUCCAAGCCGUCGAGCUUCCAAGACGAUACCUACAAGCCGGUGGUUGGCACCUUAAAAACAUGCGCCACGUAUCCCCAACAGAACCGGUCGUUGUCUUCGCAGAGUUACAGUCCGGCCCGGAUAGCCGGCAUCCGUACUGUCAACACGGUAGAAUCCCUGACCUACGCUAUGCCCACGGACCACAAGUCGCAGACAUACACCAACGGGUUUAAUACCAAUGACAUUAGGGACUGCUUAGAAUACGCCGACGAGGAGGCCCCUCAGACCUGGUUGAACAAUGACAAAAACCGAGGCAGAAGCACCGUUUGCCCGAUCUAUACGAUCCAGCAGAACCGCUGCAAGAAGGAGAACUGCUCCUUUUACGGUCGCCCUGAGACCGAGAACUAUUGUUCCUACUGCUAUAAGGAGGAGCUGAAGCGCAGGGAGCGUGAAAGCAAGGGCCAUCGGCAUUGAAGACAGUGAAGCGCUUCCCACGAAUAUUUAUUUCCUCCAUUUUCUUACUUACCCAAGUGCGUGAUGAUGGAUUGUAGGAAGAAGGAAAACAGGAUCU